GUUUUUGUUCUACUCUUCUGUGUUUUUAUCGGAAAUUUGAGUCGAGGGUUUGAGUGAUCAGGCUUUGUUUAUCUAAGACAACUACAACCACCACCACCAUAAUAAUCAUAGUCUCACACUACAACAUUCAAAAUGACCCCCUCGAGAGCCACCCAGGUCCACGAUGACCACUCCCACAAGCGCACUUCCUCUUCCUCCUCCUCCUCUGCCUACUCCCGCAAGAGCACCGAGGACUACCGCCGCUACAGCGGCACCGUCAACCACUGCGGCCGCCACUCCAACGACUGGCUCUUCGGCGGCUUCAGUCUGCGCGACACCUGGGGCGAUACCCAAAGGAAAACCAAGAACACAAACAACAACAACAAUACCCACGAUCUCUAG